GGGACGAUUCCAUGCGCACCUCCCAGCUGAACGUGGGCACUUCCACCGACGUGUCACUGAAGAUCACUGAGAGCGACCUGAGCCUCCUGACCGCCAGCAUCCGGGCCCCAUCUGGGAACGAAGAGCCCUGUUUGCUUAAGCGCCUGCCCAACCGCCAUAUUGGGAUCUCCUUCACCCCCAAGGAGGUUGGGGAACACACGGUAAGCGUCAAGAAAAGUGGCAAACACGUCACCAACAGCCCCUUUAAGAUCAUGGUGGGACAGUCGGAAAUUGGUGACGCCAGCAAGGUGAAAGUGUCCGGUAAGGGGCUGAUGGAAGGACGCACCUUCGAGAUGUCCGAAUUCAUCGUCGACACCCGGACUGCAGGCUACGGGGGUCUCGGCCUCUCCAUCGAAGGUCCCAGCAAAGUGGACAUCAAUUGUGAAGACAUGGAAGAUGGCACCUGCAAAGUCACCUACUCGCCGACCGAGCCCGGAAAUUACAUCAUCAACAUUAAAUUUGCCGAUAAACACGUGCCAGGAAGCCCCUUCACUGUGAAGGUGACUGGAGAGGGACGGAUGAAAGAGAGCAUCACGCGCCGGCGCCAGGCGCCUUCUAUCGCCACUGUGGGCAGCACCUGCGACCUGAACCUCAAGAUCCCAGGGAAUUGGUUCCAGAUGGUCUCAGCUCAGGAGCGCCUGACCCGCACUUUCACGCGCAGCAGCCACACCUACACACGCACCGAGCGGACGGAGAUCAGCAAGACCCGCGGCGGGGAGACCAAGCGCGAGGUGCGGGUGGAAGAGUCCACGCAAGUGGGCGGGGACCCCUUCCACAACGUCUUCGGCGAGUUCCUCGGCCGCGAGAGCCUUGGCUCCUUUGGCAGCAUCGCCCGGACCCAGGAGGGUGCGUGGGCCUUGCCGGUGUGCCGUGCACUCGCUUGCUUGUGCCCGUGGGCCUUGCCCCCAGCGGGGAGCACAGCGGUGUGUGAACUGCAUGCCAGCCUCACUUGGGCAGGAAGAGAAGCUGAAUGGGCAUGGGGGCUUUCCCACUGGGGGGGGGCUAUUUGA